GUGACGUGUGUCAUGUCUGUCAUGUCAUUUUUAGGAUAGUGUAGUUGCCGAUUUAUAAAAAGGCCGAAAAUAUGGAACAAUUAAAGCUUUCCUCUUUAUUUGCGUUAUUCUUGAUCUUUGAUUUAACCUCCGCUCUAUAUUUCCACAUAGCGGAGGGGGAACGAAAAUGUUUUAUCGAGGAAAUACCGGAUGACACAACUGUUAUGGUGAACUACAAGGUGGAGCUUUAUGACCCUCGUUCUGGCGGGUUCAUGCCCUCAUCGCCCGGGAUCGGCAUGCACGUGGAGGUCCGUGACCCUAACGACGGCGUGGUGCUGUCGCGGGUGUACUCCUCCGAGGGCAAGAUCUCCUUCACAUCCACUACUCCGGGAGAACAUGUUAUUUGCAUGUACUCUAACAGUACCUCUUGGUUCAGCGGCUCUCAGUUACGGGUUCACUUAGAUAUCCAAGUAGGUGAACACGCCGUGGACUACGCCAACGUGGCGCAGAAGGAUAAGCUGACAGAGCUGCAGCUGCGAAUCCGCCAGCUGCUAGACCAGGUGCACCAGAUCACCAAGGAGCAGAGCUACCAGCGACACCGCGAGGAGCGCUUCAGACAAACAUCGGAGAGCACCAACCAGCGCGUGCUGUGGUGGAGCUUGCUGCAGACCGGUGUUCUUGUUGGCAUCGGCUACUGGCAGAUGAGGCAUCUCAAGAGCUUCUUCGAAGCUAAGAAAUUAGUGUAAAAACUUUAAAAUUAGCCUUUUUAACACCAU